CGCACCUCACCAGCGCGGAAUCGAUUGCGAGCCGACGAACUCUGCAUGCGCAACUGAUUAAAACAGCGCUGCCACGUCUACGGUCAUCAGAAGUACUGCGCCGGGGCCGUAAUAGGCAAGUCAACGCCAACAGCACGUUCGCUACCGCUUGCCACUCCGCCUUUCGAGACUCCAGCGUCACCAUGGUGGCAGCCGCUCCAAGGGCCGCAGGGAAGGCCCCGGCGCUGAAUGUGGCGCCCGCCACUGCCCCCGUCAAGGCGACCCCCGCAGUGGCCAUGGCGCCCGUCCCUGCCCCCGCAGGGGCCAUGGCGCCCGUCCCUGCCCACGUAGUGGCCAUGGCGCCCGUCCCUGCCCCCGCAGUCGGAGCGCGGCCGGCUCUGUUGGCACCCCCCUAUACCAACACCCGGAUCGCAGAAUCUUCCAAGAUGCACAGCGACGUGCAGGUGCUUAUGAUGGAACAGAGUGGCGACAUCGCCGAGCUGGGCUCGUACGGCGCUUUUAACAUUUGCUGCAACCUGUUCAUGGGUGCGUGCAUCGGCGCGACGACCGUGCUACUGGUCAUGUUCUUCUUCACCGACUGCCGCUUCGUGAUGACGAAGAACGUCGAUAAGAACAAGUCGCGCGCCGGCAUCGAAGAGUUGGACCGCGCCACCCAGCUCAACCUCGCCGCAACCGCGCUCACGGUGUUGGCGCUGGAGGAGACGAGUGAGCUGCCGUCCGCCGGAGAAGAAAGCUCUCCAGGGGAGGCAGGUUCGUCGACGCCCCGCGAGAACGCCGCGACGAAUGGCGUCCGCAAGCGGCCUGCCACCAAGCACGCGGCCAGACGAGGGCCUGCCACGAGGGCCGACCGCUGAGUGAGCGAGGAGCGACGGCGGCGAGCUGGGGCUACGCGCAUUGGAAAUAAAAAUUGACCAGAAUGCCUGGGGCGAAGCUGCGGUGCGGAUGUACGCCGCAGAGACAAUAUCUAGCGAAUAAUAAAAUGCAUCGGAUGACGCUGCGCGUUAUAACUGUUCGCGGUAUGUUACUGCUUCAUCGAUGAACCACUUCUUUCACAAACGCUAUAUAGAGCUUAUUGUAUAUACAUGUUGGUUUUCUCGUAAAAUUUGACUUUCCUGAUAACUUACGCCUGUUUAAUCACUGAUGUAAUGAGCGCGAUACAAUGUUUUCAUAUCAAAGUUCAGGCUGAAGUUCUCAAUCGCACUGUUUAAAUCAAAGUCGCGACAGUUCGACAGGAAUAUUGAAUAUUUCCAACGCUUACACUGUCAUGUUUGCCUCGUCUUUUCUUAAAUGUGCUGAAAAUAUUCAACGAUAAUCAUUUCUAAGCUACUUGUAAUAUUGUAUGCAAAGUAAUCCGGUUUUCUUACGGUAAUUCUGGUCCUUUUACUUUUACUCACAAGUGUCAUUUUACAAACGUUUCUGGGAUAUAGUGCUGCUGAAGAGCGCGAUUUUAAUGUUCCCGUUUCUGCACCGGGUGUGCCCACAAUUAGGCACACGGCAGAUCCCAGGGCCUAAUGUUUAAGCUUGGCACUGCACUCGGUAAUAAUGGGAAAGAAAAUGACUUAAACGAUUCUAAACUGAUCUGUUCAGACAUUUUAGCGAGAUACUAAUUAAGAUACAACUAAAGGCCGACCAUAAACCUCUCAAGUCUACUCGAACAGGUUGUGCAUAUCGGAGCAUUAAUAGAGGCCCGCACUUACCCGUCCUGGUAGAUUUUCUUUUGCGUGCUGAUUUCCAAAAUACAUAAUAUAGCACACUAAUGUAAUACAGUGCAUAUUUUUGCAAGCAUAAGCCGUUCUUAAGCUCAUAUAAAAGAUGGAUACAGUGGUGGUCGGAUUUAGGCCCUUUUUCGCCCUCUUUCGACAUUUCGGAGUAAAAUGAUUAGUGACGGCUUCUCUGUUGCAGCUAUCUUUGAAAGAAAAUUAGGCAGCCAGUAAUAUAGAAGCCAGGCUCGUGACUUUUUGUUUUGUUAUGCUUUUUUUUUUUGUGUCGGUACAUCACAUCACGUUGACGACACAUCUUCUUCGGGAGGGAUGAUAAUACACUUCAUAGAUGAUUGCCAUUCGGCCAUUAAUUGGAAACAAAAACUAUCAGCCCAAGCAUUCCGUACAGAUGGUUAACCAGCGAAGCUGAAACUUGCAGCCCCGGUGUUUAUCAGUGGGUAUACCCCGACGGUUCAUUAAAGUCUUUCUCAA